AUUGCAGAGUUGGCGCUGUCGGCGCUGUCAAAGAACUCGGAUGGCGCUGUGCUUGCUCGUUGAAGCCGUUGAAGGGGCGGGCGAGGAGACCAAACACGUUUUCGCGGGACAACGCAGGAAUCGCAGGACAAAAAAAUAAACAAUCCACAUGAUUCACAUAAAACUCAUUACCUUUCGGUUUCGUAUUUUGUCUUUAGACAAAUUGUUUAAAAGAUUUUAAAAUAAAUGUUAAAAAAUGAAUCGGGAUAAAGAAGCAGGAGAAACAUCGAGUGCAAAAAGUCGAGGCAUGAUAAUGCGGAUUUAUCUCGAAAAUUUUGUCACUUACGAUAAAGUUGUGAUCAUUCCUGGGUCCAAUUUGAACGUUAUAACCGGCCCGAAUGGAACAGGGAAGUCGACAAUCGUGUCUGCUAUCGUUCUUGGACUUGGUGGUAAACCAUCGGUUAUUGGACGAGGAAAUACGCUGAGUCAUUAUGUGAAAAACGGCUGUAAUAAUGCUUUGAUUGAAAUUGAUCUUAAAAACACGGAGACUUCUAAUUAUCGAAUCGUCAGACGUUUCAAUCUCCAAAACGAAAAUGCCUGGACCGUAGAUGGAAAACCCGUUUCGCAAAAAAGUCUCAUGCAUCUUAUGGAAAGUCUCCAUAUUCAAGUUGAUAAUCUCUGCCAGCUGCUACCUCAGGACAAAGUGCAAGAUUUUUCCGGUAUGAAUGCACAGCAACUGCUGGAGAACACGCAGAGAUCGGUUGGUGAUCCAUCGUUGAUCGAAAACCACACCAAACUGAAGGAGUUGAGCAACCUAGUCAAAACAAACUCCGAAAAGACGCAAAACAGAAAAGAGUUUCUGCAGUCAGAGACGAAAAAACUCGAAGGAAUGGCAGAAAUUGUGGGCGCCAUUAAAAGACUGAAAAAAUACAAAGAAAAAAUCACCCGUCUUCGACAGAAAAGAGCUUGGAUGCGUUAUGAUAUCAGUAGAAAACAUCUCUGUGAUGCGAAAGAGGAACGUGACAAAGCUGCGGCUGAGGUUAAAAAAUUGGAUGAAAAAUUGAAACCGAUCGAUGAAGAAAUAAGAAAAUAUGAAGUGCGCAUCAAACAUCUCCAAAAGAAUGUGGAAAGCUACCAAAAUGAGCUUCAAAAGAAAAUUAACGAUGCUGAUAAAACGGUCGACAGACUGCAAGAGAAGGAAGCAGAAAUUACAGAAGAACAGCAGAAACUCAAGCAACACGCUGAAUCGGAAAAGAAUCGCGAUCGCGAGAUCACUGGUUUUGGGCAGCAAAAAAAUAAACUAGAAAACGAUCUGCAAGUUAUCAUCGAAGAAAUGGGAUCCGAAGAAGCAUUGCUAAAGAAUCAAGAUCCAAUAUCGAAGGAACUCGAGAAAAAAAGCGGCAAAAUUAAUGACUUGAUGCAUCGAAAAUUUGCCAUCGAAGCUGACGAGAGAGAGGUCGAUUUCGAAAUAGGACCAAUUGCCGAGCGAAUCAAAGCCGCUUCGGAUGUCGAUUCGAAACGUCUCGAGCUCCUCAAAGCCAGAAAUCACGAUGCCUACGAAGGUCUCAUGUGGUUGCGACAACAUCCGGAGCUUUUCAGAGCUCCGGUCCACGAGCCCAUGUUAUUAAAGAUUCACGUCAAGAACGACAGAUACACGAGACACCUAGAGACCAUAAUAUCGCAACGUGAUCUCGUUGCGUUCGUUUGCGAAGAUAAAUGCGACAUGAACAAACUCAUGAGAUACCUGAGGGAUGAAAAAAAACUCACGAUCAAUGUUAUCUCCGAGUCACCGGACAAAAACGUGGACCGGACUCCCAUUGUACCCAUCGAGCAACUGCGCCCUUUCGGAUUCGAGAAUUAUCUUGUUGAUUUUAUCGAAGCUCCACCAACCAUCAUGAACUAUUUGAUUUCACAAUACAAUAUUCAUAACAUUCCGGUUGGAUCAGCCAUGGUCGAUAAAAACAUCGCACACAUUCCGAAUCAGAUACGAGUUUUCUUCGCUGCUAAUACCUUCUACUCGAUAAACACGUCGAAAUAUUCGGGCGAAAAAUCGACUCGAUCUUCCGCAGUCACUGGCACCGGAAUGCUUUCGAUAAACCAAGACAACAAUAGAAUAACCGCUUUACGGCAAAAGCUUGAAUAUAUGAACGAAAAGAAAAAAAAUCUUCGAAGCAAGUUCAAAUUAAUCGAUGAUGAGAUUGCUCAGCUGAAUAAAGAUCUUGAUUCAUUGCGUUCAGCAAAACGAGAAUCCCAAAAAAACAUUCAAACUAUUCAAAAUCUCAAAGGGCGAAUCACAAUGAUAGAAAAUAAAAUUCGUUAUUUGCAAAAGGAAAUACCGAGCAUGGAGACGGUGAAGGCCGCUACCUCUUCGAAAAUACGGAAAAUAUUGGAAGAUCAGGUGAAGCUGUACGGAAAAUAUACCAGCCAGUUUGCGGACAUUUCGAAAUUCAUAUCGGGCCACGAUGAAUGGAAAUUGGAGCUCGAGUUUUUACGAGAUAUGCACUCAACGAAAAAAUGCGAUUCAGAAGAUUUGAGAACUGAGCGACACAGGGUCGAGCAAGAGUUUAAAAGGCUUGGCGAAGAAAUGACGACAUUGCGAAACGAGACCCAAAAGGCUUACGAUCGCGCGCUCGCCAGUACCGAUGGUUUGUGUCCUUCGGACGCACUCUUCGCGCCUUUUCAAUCAGCAUUCGCAAAACUUCCGUCCACGGUUGUUGACAUCGACGCUGCGAUCACGAAUGCCGAGGCAGAAGUUUACUGUCUCGGAGACGACAACGCUGAAAAUGAACAUGUACUUCGGAAUUAUGAAAAAACUGAAGAAAAUGUUCGUAAUACUACAGAAGAAAUAGAGAAGUUGAAAACGGAAGAAAAUAAGAUUGUGACGGAGAUAGAAAAACUAAGACCUCUUUGGUUAACUGCACUGGAAGCGCUUAUUCACCGAAUAAACAAGAAUUUCAGUGCUUAUUUCGAGCUCAUGGAAUGCUUGGGAGAAGUUUCACUUAAAACGCCUAAAAACCCCCAUGAGUAUGAACAGUAUGGCAUAAGCAUAAUGAUUCGAUUCCGGGAGGACGACGGACUUCAAGAAUUGACGAGACAACGGCAAAGUGGGGGUGAACGAGCUGUUACCACAGCAAUUUACAUGAUUGCACUUCAAGAACUUUCGGCUGUACCUUUCCGCUGCGUUGAUGAAAUCAACCAGGGAAUGGACUCCACUAACGAGCGACGAGUUUUCGACUUGAUCGUAAAAAUCACCGAACAAUCCGGAUGCCAAUAUUUCUUACUUACGCCAAAGUUGCUGUCUGGACUCCAAUACGGUGAGAGUACGACGGUUCAUUGCGUUUUCAAUGGUCCCUAUAUGGCCCCAAGCAGCGUAUUCGAUAUCGCCAGUUACUUGGAGAAACAUACUGUUUCCUGAGCACUUUAUUGUUCUCUAAAAACAUGUGAAGUAGCAACUCGUGCUGAAAUUGUCCGCAAUGAUAAUUCAAGGGAUUCCUUUUGAAUUACCGUUUUGGACGAAUGUUUUUGUAUUUCCGUAAAUUAAGGAUACCCAUUAGUAUAUCGACACAGAAACAAAAAUUGCUAUUUUUUAAAUGAACUACGCUUUAUUCUACUUUAGAAAAAGUAUAAAUACCAUAUGUUCAAUAUUAUAAGUUCAAUUUUCUUAAUUUUAAUUACCAAAGCUUCGUGGGAUUAGUUGAAAUUGAAAGGGAGAUCAUUUUCAGUGCCAAAGAUUUCUUUUAAGCCCGUAAAUAUUACUGGAGCUUCGUUUACAUUUGGUUCUAUUUGUGUUUUUUAUAAUGAUUUAACGAAAAAGCGCUUUCCGAUUGUUCAUUGAUUUUUUUUCAAGCAAAUUUAUGCUAAUGACUAAUCGUUACAGUAAUUUCUUCCCAUAUAAUUUCUUUUUCCCACAAACCAAUAAAAACGUUGCGAAAGAUUGUUGAAACGUUCUGUUUUUCAAAUAAAUCUUCGCAGAUUUUGACUCUUUAGCAAGACC